AUAUAUAGUAAUUAAAAAUUCAGUUACAAUUUACUAAUAUGUUUUGAUUUAUAUAAAUAAAUAUAGUUCAAUAGGGGAAGACGAAUAUAAUUGUACUAAAAAAUUAUAUAUUUCAGGAAAAUUAAAAGCAAGAAAUGAAAAGGCUCAUUACUCAAAACAAGAUCAUAAUGUUACUAUCUCAAAGAAUAAAAAUGAAUAAUUAAUUUAUAAUUACAAAAAAAAAAAAAAAUUAAUCAUGUUUAAACAAUCGCGGUCGAAACGAAUGAUGGCGCCGUAAUCGUUUUAUACCAUUCAUCAUUAGCAGUUAAUGUAACUGCAAGUCUAUUUUUACCGACAUAAACUUUUAAUAUCUAAUAUAAUUAAGAAUUAUUUUAAGCAUGACUAUGGCAAUGAAUUACUUCGUGAGUAAUGAUUGGAAUAAAAAUCAAUAUCAAAAUCUAAAUAACAUACGUACCCAUCAAAACACAUCAACAACACGGACCGUCCUUAAUGUGAUUGUACUUGGCUUUUGUUCGGCUUUAAUAGUAUUUUCAUUUUGGAAUUUCAAUCAAUAUGAUACAAGCAAAGUUUCCAUAUUUUAUCUUCAUACGGAUCAAACAUUUAUGCGAACAUCUAAAAAAUUUUUAUCGUUUGGACUCGAUACAUCCCUGCUAAGGAACAUGGAAGAACUUCCCAUCGCGGACGAAAGAUUUAUUAAUUUGGCGCGACAUUUAAAUCCUGCAUUCAUUAGGAUUGGAGGGACAUCCGCGGAUUGCUUAUUUUUUAACCAGACUCAUACAACAUCUGCACGAAUAAUAAGUCCCAUUGAUGGUCAAGAUAUUAGUAACUUUACUAUUACUAAUACGGAUUUUGAAUUGUUAUACAAAUUUACAAUACAAUCCCAAUUAAGGAUGCUUUUUGAUUUGAACGUGUUAAUUAGAUAUCCGAAUGGUACCUGGGAUGAUACAAAUGCUCAAGAUAUUAUUUUAUUUGCAAAAGGAUCCAAAAUGAAUCUAGAUUGGCAAUUAGGAAAUGAACCAAAUUCAUUCCAUCAUGUAUUUAAUAGAACAAUAACAGCAGAGCAACUUGCAAAAGAUUACUAUCAACUUCGAAAUCUAUUAAAUAAAGUAGGUUACCAAAAAAGCUUUCUUGUUGGACCAGAAGUAAAUCAUAUUGGAGAUUCGAAUAAAGGUCAAUCUUAUGCAGAAGUAUUUUUGGAGAAGGAUAAAGAUAGUAUAAAUUAUGUUACUUGGCAUCAAUAUUAUCUGAAUGGACAUGAAGCUCAAGUUAAUGAUUUUAUAAAUCCUUUAACAUUCUAUUAUUUGCCAAUGCAAAUUGAAAGCAUGUUAAAGACUAUUAAAAAAUCAAGAAAAUCCAUUUCUAUGUGGUUGUCUGAAACCAGUUCAGCAUAUGGCGGAGGAGCACCAGGUUUAUCAGAUAGAUAUAUUGCAGGAUUUUUAUGGUUAGAUAAAUUAGGUUACAGUGCUAAAACAGGUGUAAAUGUUGUUAUAAGACAAUCCUUAUUUGGUGGAAAUUAUGCUAUGAUUGGACCAGAUCUUUUACCAAAUCCAGAUUGGUGGAUUAGUGUGAUAUACAAACAAUUUGUAUCUGAGAAAGUAUUAAAGAUAACAUCACCAAAAUCUUCUGAAUAUAUUAGAAUUUAUGCUCAUUGUACUCCAGAAGCAUCUUUGAUAAAUCGUGUUCCUGCUAUUACUGUAUAUGGAAUGAAUCUAGAUAAAUCUUCUGCAAAAAUAAUAAUUCAAGGAAUCUUUCACAGACUAAAUAAAAACGUAAAAAUUUUUCUAUAUAGUCUAACAUCUGAUCAUCUGACCUCAAGGAACUUAAGAAUGAAUGGAGAAAUAUUGAAACUACAAAAUGAUGGUAAAUUACCACCUUUCCAUCCUAUAAUUGCAAAUCCUACUCAAAUUAUUAUUCUACCGCCAUUUUCAAUGGUAUUUAUGGUAAUACAUGGAGUUCAUGCUCCUACAUGUAUUUCGUAAUAUUACAAUUUAAUGACUUUAUUAUUAUAUAUACGUAUAUAUUUUAUAUUUUUCUAAUCAAAUAAAAGUCAUUUAUGAUAAAGAAAAUUGUACAAAUAAA